AUGGAAAGAAAAAGCUUUGUUGUUAACAAAGCAAAUUCUUUGUUGAUUGAGAAAAGGUACAUAGGAGUGGGUGAUUCAGAUGAUGUUCAACUAUUCUACUACUUCAUUAAGUCUGAGUCUAAUCCAAAAUCAGACCCUCUUAUUUUAUGGCUAACUGGAGGCCCUGGCUGCUCUGCUUUAUCUGGCCUUCUCUUUGAAAUAGGUCCAAUAACGUUUGAGCCAGCGGAAUAUAAGUUUUUGACUGGGAAAAGAUCUCUUGCCAUUGGGCUGAUGGUGACAAAGUUAAGAGAGGCACUCCAUGUUCGAAGAGGAAGUAUUGGUAAAUGGAAGCGAUGUGCUGGUGAUGCUUUGCCUUUCCAAAUAAUAGUAGAAAACAGCAUUCCGUAUCAUGCAAAUCUCAGUGUGAAAGGCUAUAGGUCCUUAAUAUACAGUGGAGAUCAUGACACUAUGGUCCCUUACACAUCAACCGAAGCUUGGAUAAGAUCUCUUAACUACUCGAUUGUUGAUGAUUGGCGACCAUGGAUUGUUGAUGGUCAAGUUGCAGGGUAUACAAGAACAUAUUCAAAUAAAAUGACAUUUGCCACAGUGAAGGAAAGCUACUAUUUGACUUCACUUGGAGGAGGACAUACAGCUCCAGAGUACAAGCCUGUUGAAUGUCUAGCCAUGCUGAGAAGAUGGUUAUCUUAUCAGCCUCUCUGA